UUUCGGCCGCGUUUGCUUUGCUUCUACGUUCUGCUCGACUGAAGAAAAUCGGCCGUUUUGGUUUCCCGCGUGUUUGGUUUGUUUUCCGACGCAUUGACUUCCGUGGCACUGAAAUCCGCCCUUAUACAGUGCCUUGAAUGGUAGUCAAGUCAGACUACUUGUUGCCGUUCAAAUCUGCGCGAGACAGCGAUCAUGUGUGUGAUGUAAACAAUAGAGUUUGUUUUUUCGUGUGUGCGCGGACAUUUAAUUUUUUAAGUUGUGACCACUGUAAUACGGAAUUAAUCGCCUACAUCAGCUGAACUAAUAGAAGGCCGUAAAAUGUAAUCACCGUCCUAGACCUUAACUGAAACGGUCGUUUUGUUCUAAAACGAAAUGGCGACCCCCGGCGUCUCCAUGCCUCUGAUGCCGUCGAUUGCAACCCCCUCUAGGGAUUCGAUGACUUUUACGAGCACGAAAGGUCUGCUAAAUGGACCCGGACAGAACAACUGUUUCUUAAACAGCGCUGUACAGGUGUUGUGGCAUCUGGACAUUUUUAGAAGGAGCUUCAGGGACCUGUCCGGCCAUGCCUGUAUGGCGGAUUCGUGCAUAUUUUGUGCGCUCAAGGAGCUCUUCUCUCAACUCCAGUUCAGUACAGAGACGGCCUUGCCGCCGGAUGCUCUCCGUAGAGCAUUGGCGGAAAGUUUCUUCGAUCAACAACGCUUUCAACUCGGUUUCAUGGACGACGCCGCAGAAUGUUUCGAAAAUAUGCUGCUACGCAUACACCAACACGUUGCGCACGGUCAAACUGAAGACGCCUGCGCAGCACCGCACUGCGUCCCGCAUCAAAAGUUCGCCAUGACCCUGGUGGAGCAAUCGGUUUGUGGAUCUUGUGGAGCCACAUCCGAACCUUUGAGCUAUACUCAGAUGGUUCACUACGUAUCAACCUCCACACUAGUAUACCAAGUCAGGAAUAAUGCUGCAAGAACUAAUCCACCAGAUUCGUUUGGAAAGCUUUUGCAAAAAGCGGCAAGCAUGGGAGAUGUUAGAUCAUGCCCGAGUUCUUGUGGUUCAGUCAUUCAGAUCGGUCGGUCGUUGAUGAACCAUCCAGAGAUCGUCUCAAUAGGAUUGGUUUGGAAUUCAGAAAGACCUACUUUAGAGCACAUUAUGGAAGUUUUCUCAUCUAUUGGUACCAAUCUGCGGCUUGGCGACGUAUUUAACAGCGUAGUAGACACGAGAUGGGCCGAAACGUCUAUACACAAUUUGGUUGGGGUUGUCACAUAUUACGGGAAGCAUUAUUCCACCUUUUUCUUUCAUACGAAAUUAAGGGUAUGGAUCUAUUUCGACGACGCAACAGUGCGGGAAGUUGGACCGAGGUGGGAGCAAGUAGUUGAAAAAUGCAGAAAAGGUCGUUAUCAACCACUGUUACUAUUGUAUGCUUCACCUGAUGGUACACCAGUAAAUACAGAAAGUGCUCCGAAACAAAUAACUCCUUUUUAUGGAGAUAAGAAGAAUUCCAGUCACCAAAUCAUUAGACGCUCUGUAACACCAAGUCCCGAGAAGCCAAUGAUUGGUAAUACAAGGAGAGCAAUAACUCCAAAUCCAGAGAGUUCGCUUUUGAAUCAAAAGCCACCGCUACCCCAAUUAUCGCGACCAUAUAAUGAGUAUCAGAAUUUGUCUAUUAUUCAAAAGAAUAUCUACCCACCAUCCGAAGCGCAGAGUUGCGAUCAAAUAGAUGGCUGCAACGACAGAAAAGAACCAGAUUAUAUGACUAGAAAGGCUUUAGAUUUUAAUAAACCUCACAUCAAUGUCCACAGAACACUAAGUAAUAGUUCUUCGUCAGGAAUAGAGGGAAUGUGCAUUCCCGAUCAUCUGAAUAUACCAAGACGAAGAGACAGUGGAAACUGGAGUGGAGAUAGGAACAGUGCCUCUUCAGCAUCUUCGACGACGAUGGAGAAUCCAUAUUUAUAUCUGGUUGGAAAAAUGCCACCAUGCGGUGGCAGCAGCGUUCCUAGUAGCCCAACUAGAAUCAAAAGCGACUCAUCUAGUGGAAGUAGCGGAAUAUAUGAUGCAGGUUAUGACUCUUACUCUUUAUCCUCUAAUGAUAGUUCCGGCAUGAGCACAUUGCAGCACUUAAUGAAAAUAGGUCACUUAGCUAAAAUUCCAGAGGACUAUAGUAACAUCAAUAUGAAUCAAAAUUCGCAAAGUUGUGAUGUUUUGUGCGACGAAGCAGACGAGCUACUAGUCAAAUCGAGACAAUUAGAAGACGAACACGAUUUAGUGCUUGCCUUAGCUCUCUGUAAUGCUGCUGCUACAAAAGCCAGGGCGGCAAUGAAUGCACCGUAUAAUAAUCCACAGACUUUAACUUUGGCUAGGAUGAAACACAAUACCUGUAUAAUGAGGGCUAGAAGUCUACAUAGAAGAAUGACUCAGAAUCAAACGAUUCAAAAUAAAGAAAAUCCUCCGGAGAUCCGACAUACAAGAGAAGGAAGCAGCGGAAGUGGCAGACAUUCCAGACAAAAUUCUCGUGAUAAGGGUCAACAUUCAAGACAAAAUAGCAAAGAACUUUUAGUUUCAGAAAAAGAAAAACCUAAAAUUAUAAAAAACAUCGAAAUUUAUGCUACACUUCCGAAAAAGAAAGAUAAUCUAAAAGCCAAAAUGAAUUCCAUCAACAUUGACGAUGAGGAAUACGUACUUUAUGAUAAACCGCCCAGUAGGGAAUCAAGGUCAAUUUUCUCCAGAUCAAAGACCAAGGAUGUUCAAAAACUAAAAGAAAAGAGGUCUAGAAGUGAAGAUCGACAUAAAUUGUCUCAGGACUUCUCUAUUGCUCCCGAGAUUAUUACCGGCAAAGAUACGUUGAAAAAGGCAAAAGAGGAAAAAGACAAAGAUGAAAAGAAAGAUAAAGAUGGAAAACCUAAAAAGCAACACAAAAUUAGAAGAAAGCUACUCAUGGGUGGUCUAAUCAAACGCAAGAAUCGCAGUAUGCCAGAUUUAACAGACGCGAAUUCUGACGCUGACGCUAAAGAUGCCCCAAGCGAAACUGUCGACGAUAGUUCUGUAGGAAUAAAAGUUAAUUUGGAGCCCCAACAAGGAAUAAAUGGCUAUUUGUCUGAGGGACACUUGGAAUUCGCUGGUACCAAUGGCAAUCCAAAUUUAGAACGCAGCAAGUUAAUGAGAAAAAGUUUCCAUAGCAGCGCGGGAAAAAUAUUAACAGUUGCUAAAGUUCCUCCACCUCCGCCACUCAGAACCACUUCCCAACUUAGUACAUCUAAGCUGAAUUCAGUUGAAGUGGAGGAGAAUGGUGAAAGGCCGCAAUUUCCGUUAACAACCGAUUACCAGCUCCAACAAAAUCAUUAUAAUGAUAGUUAUAAUGAUCAAGUAUCUAUGUCACUGCCAUACUAUCACAAUAAUUCCAACAGUUCGUACGACGAUGAUUCAUACUUUGGUGCAUCUUCGAGGACAGUAGUUACACAUGCAGACGUCCAUCAAGAACAAAGCUCCAUAAAACUUUCACCAAGUAAUAUCGAUAGCGGUGUGGAUGAGGUCGAUUGCCUUCCUUCUCACAGGAUGCCAAUUCUGGAACUUCCUCCAUAUCCUAGCCCUGUAGCUUCAGCCAUUCACUCACGGCAAGCCAGUGAAGAUUUUCCUCCACCUCCACCGCCAUUAGACUUGUCAGCAUUAGACGAACAUCUGCCACAACUUGCAAAAAGUGAAUCCCCCGAACCUCCUGCCCCAGACGGCCUUCUCGCACAGUUACAAAUCAAGAGAAUGCAAAUUAUGACUUUGGAUAAUGUCUGUAAAAACAAAACUCCUAUACUUCCACCAAUAAAAUGUAGUGGAGAAACUUGGCUGAAGGAGCUUCAGGCUAAGCAAGCUGCAUUGAGAAUAAAAAGGAAUGACGAUGAGCAACAAAAAGGUACUGACGAAAUUAACACCCAAAGGUAUCUUCCAGGAGACGCUAAAAUAAAAUCUGUUAGAGAUUUAGCUUCGCAAUUUGAAAAUGGCGACUCAAAUAGUGCUUCGAAAAUAACCAAUAUGAAGCCUUUAACACAACAUAUCUCUGAAGCAGUUACGACGAUACAAAAUAACUCACCUGUUUUAACAGUAAGAAGAAAAGAAGAUGAAACUUGCACUAGUGUAGGUCCAGAACAAGUAGCUGAAGAAAUAAGAGAAGUAGAAAUGUUGACGUCGGCAGUGAACAAAGCAUUCGGGUUAAAUGAAGAUAUAAAUGAAGAAAAUAAAAAGCAAAAACUUGGUAAAAAAAAGAGUGUUUCUUUCUGUGAUCAAGUAAUUUUAGUUGCAACUGCCGAAGAACAGGAAGAUGAUAGUUAUAUACCCAAUCCAAUUUUAGAAAGGGUUUUAAGAUCAGCUGUUAAUAAACCUGAAGCAAUGGCAAUUAGGCAAGAAAUUAAGGCACUCAAAGAACAAAAUGAUUGCGCUCAUCAAUCUCCAACACCAGUUAUAGAACUUACCAAUAAUAUGUCGCACAAUACAAUGAAUGAAAAUAAUCAAAAACCUUUGUAUAUUAGAAGAAAUUCAUUAGAUAAUUUGCUGAGCAACCACAACUUUAACGAAGCAAAUCAAUCAAUCAAUAAUGAAAUGUAUCAAUCUCAUUUUGCCAAUCAUGUGCCGUCACAUCAAAAUUAUUAUAGUUAUGCGACGCAUAAUGUUCAAAACACGACAAACAUUCCCGACUCUCAAUAUAGCCAUUCACAAAUGCACAAUCAGAAUCUAUACAAUCAUAGCGGAAUUUGUGGAAACCAGAUUCAACAUCAGAACCCACAAAACCAUCAAUAUCAUCGACAAUAUGAUCAUUUAAAUGGUCAACAUGUUAGACAUGGAGAUGAGCGGCAGUAUCUUCAGAUUGGUUUAACUGAAUCCCAGUACAAAACUGCUCAAAAUUGCACAAAUUUGGGCUACCAUAACCAAUAUAUUCACGAGGCACCUCAAAAGAACAUUGUAAAUGACAUGUAUAACUCAAAUGGUCAUUGCAAUGAUCCACCCUCAUAUAGACCUUCACCUUAUCAGCCAAUUCCUCCAAAUUCUCAAGUAUAUGGAGUUCAAUAUUUAAAUAACAGAAUGCAGAGUUCUCCUGUGCCUAGAAUUUCUCAGGAACACCACAAUCAGAAUCAAACCUAUAGCACGAUAUUACCCAAAUCAUAUAAUUCUUCUCAGAUAAGACAAGCCACGCCAAGUCCAGUAACUUUCCCCAACAAUCCAGUUUACCAACAUCCACCAUCACCAGCGCCAUCUCUGAGCUCUAAUUACAAUUAUCAAUCGAAUAUAUAUCGCGGUCCGAUAAAUAAUAAUACAAAUCAUCCAACAUAUCAAAGGCUUGCCCCUCCAAAUGAUUUUCCCCAAAACUUUAACCAUGACGCCCAGCAAUAUAAUCGAGGUGUGUCUGUCAACGAUCGUUCGGAAAUCUACCAACGAGUGCCCUUGCUGCACGGCGACCCUCAAGAUGUGUAUCCUCAAGCAGGAAAACAUUUUCCAUACCAACAUAAUGCACCCCCAAAGCAGUUGAAUAAAAAAACUGUAAGUUUUGAACCGGGCACUAAAGGGUGUGAAUCACCCACGCCAAAGCCAGUUGUGACACCUAUUAUUGUGAACAAUGCUAAUAACAGUAUACCAACGGACAAAACUAAGUGUAAUCUGUGCCGAAAGAAAAAUGUUGUAGCAGCUAAUUUGUACUGUACUGACUGUGAAUUUUAUAUGUCUAGGUUUAAGCCGAGAAGUUAGCAGUUGCCCAUUCGGAGAGUGUUUCCCAAUUAAGACUUGUGUAUUUUUUUAUCUAUGGACCAUGUUGUUGGGCGAUUUAUGUGCAAAUUUUUUGACAAAUGAAUGUGAUAUUCCUUUUAGAGUGUAGAGAUUUUUUAUUUUUUAUAAAGAUGCAGAUCUCAUAAAAUGUAUAAAAUAUAUUGUUGUAUAAGUUCAAAAUAAUGUAAAAAUAAAAACAA